UCCAAGAUGGCGGCGGAGAAAUUUAACUCUGUACGCUUCCUUCAAAACACCAUUUGCGGAUAAGAAAGGAUUCGGAAACGAUGUAGUUUUGCUGUUUGUGGGCUUUUUAGACCACUGGGAUAGUCAUGAAGGUGUAAUGAAACUAUAAAUGAGUGAGUGUAAGGGGAAAGGGUUAUUAAUAACAGACGUUUUUGGCUAAUGUUCGGUAGCUUAGCACAAAGCUUUGCAACCUCGCACGAGACGAGUUGAGUGCUGAAGGGAAAGUGGGCGGGGCUUGUUGUUGGGGCUCUCCCCUAAAGCUUCCUCCUUUUAGCUGGCUGCUAAGUGAGCUGCACUGAGGCGAGCACGACGGAUCGGUUAUUCCAGCGCUCACAAAGCGAGCUACACUCUCAUGAAACCAACACGUUUGCUCUCCAGGUGGAUUUUUAGAUGCGAAGACGUGACGCGCGCACACACAGUUCACACAAGCGCGCGGCCGCGACCGAAUCCCCCCUUCUUGUUCUCCCCUGAUCUCUCUCCGCUGUCCGAAUGAGCUCCAGUCCGCUUUCAAACGGCAAGCAGAUGUCAGACAACCAGAGCUGGAACUCGUCAGGCUCUGAGGAGGAUCUGGAAACAGAUCCUGGACCUCACAGCGGCGGGGUGGCGGAAUUCAGCGGCGUGCUCAGCAAGUGGACGAACUACAUCCACGGCUGGCAGGAUCGCUGGGUCGUGCUGAAGAACAAUACUCUGAGUUAUUACAAGUCUCAGGAUGAGAGGGAAUACGGCUGCAGGGGCUCGCUGUGCCUCAGCAAGGCCGUCAUCACGCCCCAUGAGUUUGAUGAGUGCAGGCUGGAUAUCAGUGUUAACGACAGCGUGUGGUACCUGAGGGCUGUGGACCCGGAUCACCGUCACCAGUGGAUCGAGUCCAUCGAGCAGCACAGGGCCGAGUCUGGCUACGGCUCUGAAUCCAGUUUGAGGAGACAUGGCUCCAUGCUCUCUCUCACCUCCGCAACCAGCGGCUACUCCGCCACCUCUGCUUCCUCAUUUAAGAAGGGCCACAGUCUGCGAGAGAAGCUAGCUGAGAUGGAGACGUUCAGAGACAUCCUGUGCAGGCAGGUGGACACGCUACAGAAAUAUUUCGAUGCCUGCUCAGACGCCGUGUCCAAAGACGAGCUGCAGAGGGAUAAGAUUGUGGAGGAUGAUGAAGACGAUUUCCCUACCACUCGCACUGAUGGCGAAUUCCUGCACAACCACAACGGCAGCAGAGAAAAGCUGUUCCAGUCUCUGAGCACUAAGGGCCUCAAUGGGAUUGAUUUUAAGGGCGAGGCCAUCACGUUUAAAGCCACUACAGCAGGAAUCCUGGCCACGCUCUCGCACUGCAUCGACCUGAUGGUGAAAAGAGAGGACAGCUGGCAGAGGAGACUGGAUAAGGAGACGGAGAAAAGGAGGAGAGUGGAGGAGGCCUAUAAAACGGCAUUGUCCGAGCUGAAGAAGAAAUCUCAUUUCGGAGGCCCGGACUAUGAGGAAGGCCCAAACAGUCUCAUAAACGAGGAUGAGUUCUUCGAUGCUGUGGAAGCCGCGCUGGACAGACAAGACAAAAUAGAGGAACAGACUCAGACAGAAAAGUCUCGGAUACAGAGGCCAAGCCCGAUGCCUUCCGGAGACAUCUACUCCACGAUGGGCACCCACCGGUUCGCCGAGAAGGUGGAGGAGAUGGUACAGAGUCACAUGACCUACUCCCUGCAGGAUGUGGGUGGAGAUGCGAACUGGCAGCUGGUGGUCGAGGAGGGAGAGAUGAAGGUGUACAGGAGAGAGGUUGAGGAGAAUGGCAUCGUGUUGGACCCUCUGAAAGCCACACAUGCAGUCAAAGGGGUCACAGGUCACGAGGUGUGCCAUUACUUCUGGAAUACGGAAGUUCGCAAUGACUGGGAAACUACUGUUGAAAACUUCAACGUUGUGGAGACGUUGUCCGAUAACGCCAUAAUUAUCUACCAGACCCACAAGAGGGUGUGGCCUGCGUCACAGAGAGACGUGCUGUAUUUAUCAGCAAUCCGUAAAAUCGUGGCCAGCAAUGAGAAUGACCCUGACACGUGGCUCGUGUGUAACUUCUCUGUUGACCACGACAAUGCCCAGCCGAGCAGCAGAUGUGUCCGUGCCAAAAUCAACAUCGCUAUGAUCUGCCAGACGCUGGUCAGUCCACCGGAGGGCAACAAGGAGAUCAGCAGAGACAACAUCCUGUGUAAAAUCACAUACGUGGCCAACGUGAACCCCGGUGGCUGGGCCCCUGCAUCUGUCCUGAGAGCCGUAGCGAAGCGAGAAUACCCCAAAUUCCUGAAGCGUUUCACCUCCUACGUGCAGGAGAAAACUGCCGGCAAGCCCAUCCUCUUCUGAGAGCUCAGAUCGUCCAUGUACAGCGCCCCCUGUCUACACUCCCAGCUGCAGCUCCUCCUCUGGAAACGACCCACAUUACCCACAAUUCCCUGCAGUGGUCCUCAGUAUAGAUGUCCCAUGGGCUUUUAGUGGUCUCAAGGCUUUAACCCCUUCAGCGCUCUGAGAGGACACAUUGCCAAAUCUCAGCAUUUCAUUCUGUGUUUUCAGCAGAGAAAUUAUAUAUUGAUAUUAAAAUAUAUGUAUGUGAGAUUUAACAAAAAUAAUUAUUUAAUGGAGCCAAGACGCAGAAGAACGGCUCUGUUUUGUUCUGGAUGAGGGGUUCCUCCCCCCCUCCCCUGCAUUUAAUAGAUUGGUCCCAGAUUUCAUUGCUCCCCCGCCCCCAAAUGCUGCUAAUUUAAAAUGGGGGGGAAAAAAACAAACAACGCUCGGGUCAGACGACAUUCCACCAUCCUGAAUGUUUGUACAUGAACUCUGAGAGGGCUGUCAUUGACCUAUGACCUACGUUAUGACCCAUGAACUUUUUGUCUUUGUCUCGAUCUCUUUGAUGAAGCCCGAGUACUGGCGCUGAAGAGGAGAUGACUUUUCUUCCCCAUGUUCUGUUGUUUAAUCUCUGUCUCUGGAAACCUGUUUGUUUUUGUUGUACUUGUGUAUGUCAGAGACACGCUGGCGUACUGUAGCACAAUUAAGAAUCAGUAGUGACAGGCAAAGUGGGUUCUUUUUAAUACGACAAGGAAACGCUUUACAUCUCGAUGACUUGUAUAUAAUUUCUAAUUAUUGCUUCACGUUUGUGGGAUUGCUGUCAGCCAAUGCGUUUUUGUGUGAUUCAUCCAAUUCCACUUGCCUUAGAGACCGGCACAGACGAGCGUGUUUGUGUGUGCAGACAAGAAGUGUGAUGGACGAAAGACUCAACAGAUCUUUUUUUUGCAAGCGUGUUUGUGUGGUCGGGAUGAUCCGAGGUGUCCGACGCGCGUAUAAAUUAUUAGUGAAGUGCCUCAGUCUAAUCAUAUGACCUGAGUGUUGCUGAUGCGAGGUUCCUCCUUUUCUAAAUACGACCUGAAACGGAGUUUAAAAUAAGUCAAGCGUCUUUCAGCGAUUUACACCAUAAUUAUCUGAUUUUUCUUUUAAUUUAUGAUUUCUUAUUGAUCAAACUUUGGGCCUCAUUUAUCAGCCAUAGGCUGAUUUGAUUUGUUGAAAACAAAUGGUUUCUACCAGAUUUACAGGAGUUUUGCUAAUUUUCUUGAACGCCAGUCAGUGAAGUUAAUUUAUAUAUUACCAAGCACAUUCAGAGCACAGCUGAUUUCUAUUAAGUGAUGCCAACAAAUCUGAGAGCUGAAAACAACAAAAUGGUGACUAAGCGGUGAAAGAGCGCCUCCUCAGUGCGAAAUGGGCUAAAUGUUCCAAUAAUGCAGCUCAGCCACUGCAGAGCAUCAGCUACCUUUCAUAGACACACAACACCAUCCCUUUCUCUUUUUAAAGGGUGCCAUUAUAUUUGCCAUAACUGUACAGUGAGUCCUGUUGGUUUGUAGUCUUAGGCUUUUCUUUCAAGUCAUUAAUAUUAAAAAAAAUCGCAAUUAUCUCCCAGAAUUGUUGUACGCACAAGUGAAUUAACACGUUGUCAAUCUAAAAUCGCAACUCGCGACAAUUAUGCGAUUUUGAAGCCGAUCAGUAGUUUCAUAUUAGCGAGUCUCCAAAUUACAAGUUUACACGAGAAGCAGAAUGUAAAGAUACGAACGAUUUAUUUAUUUAUUUUCCCAAACUUAAAUCGUUUUUUGGAAGUACUGUAUUUCCUGUGUAAAUGCUCCCGUGAACGAUUUAUAAAUAAAUUCCUUUGUAUCAAUUAUGAUAAAUGAGGCUCGUUGUUUUUCGAUUUUGACAAGAAUGCUAGUCCGACGGAAAUUGGUGGAAAUUGAUUGAUGAUUUUUGUUUGUGUACCUCUGACUGUUUGUUUUUGUGUAAAGUUUACAGCAAUCUAAUAAACGCCGUUAAUACGGAUGGCGCUCGAGUCAUGACUACAAAAUGGAGGCCGAAAGCUUGCUCUUUAAGAGGCGGAGGACUGUUAAUGACGGAUGUUGGGGAAAACGUUCGCCCUCUUUCGUAGCUCGACUCGACACUCGGCUGCUCAACUCCAAUCCUCUCGGCUGUUUCAUUACCGUAAACUCUGAAAUCAAAUCAAUAACAAUGUCAAAUACAAUCCAUUUAUACAUGUAAAAACUGCUGAUUGGACAGUUGGUGAUGGUUGUCAUGGGAAACAGCCAAUCGGAUCAGGAGUGGAGUUUUGCACGCUAAUGAAAUGUCAGUGUGCGCGCACAUCAAUGAAUCAGACGUCCUUCUAAUCCCAGCAUAGUUUAUUAUUUGUUGCAUUUGCACUGAAUGUAAUGUAGUUGGAAUAAAAAAAUGUUUCUGUAAAUAAAAGUUACACUAAUGGUGUCUGGAUGGGCGGGAUGGGAAGAGUGAAAAUGCAGCACUUCUGUUGUGUUUAUACGGAAAUAAAGAGAAAGACGUCUUACUGCA